AUGUCCGAACCCGAGCCGACCACUUCAACGAUGGCCUCACCGACGAAAUUCUCAAUCUCCACCCUUACCUCACCUUCAACAUCAUCACCAAUUCCUCAGCAAAUCCCCCAAUUUCCUCCAGUGGCUUUCCUCCAAUUGAUCUCUCAAUAUAUGGCACGAAAUCCAUUCGCCCAACCCACCCAACCCAUUCCCUCUUCUGUAAACUCUUUUCCACUUGUUCACUCACCAAUCAAUACUCCCGAGUCACCCGGAUUGCAAAAGAAUGAGCAGAAGAAAAGAAAACGAAAGAGAAAAGAAGAAACGUUUGAGAAAAUGAUUGAUGCAAGAGAAUCUGAAGAAGCGCCAUCGACUUCGAUCAGUGAUUCACAAGAAAAGGAUGCUGCACAACAAUUGCUUCAAAAUGCCCUCACGCAAGCCGGUCAAAUGCGCGAGAGAAUGAGCUCGAGCAGCAGAAAGUCAUUAAGCGUCUCUCCACCUGCUCAGAAUGUCGACUCGGAUGAUGUGGUGAAAAUCAAAACACAUCCAUUGUUUCCCAUUCUAAAACUUUUCUGUGAAAAAAUCGAGACAGCCACGUAUGACAUGGAAACAUCGGCUUUAAAAAUGGAUGACGUGGAAAAGCUUUUCGCUGAACUUGAAACAAAAAAAGUGAAACCAAAAACCGGAGAUAUUCAGUUGGACGAAUUCGUUUACGAUUCGAUUUUUGUGCUCCGAUUGCAGUUGGCGGAAAUUGCAAGAGUGGCCUCGUUGUCGGAGGCGUUUAAAAACAACUUUUCUGCGUCACUUCGUAAACGGGUCAACCACGAGACAUUGAUUGGUUUGCUGGGGGACAGUGAUGAGGAUGGAUCGACGUCUGAUGGAGAGACAACAUUGAGAGUUGCCGGUGAAAUGGGCUCCUCUUCGAAUACAACAGUGGCAAUGAUGUGCACUCCGAAUGGAACUCUUUCAAUCCCACUCAAAAUGCCCCCAAUCACUCAUCAUUUAUCACACGAAACAGGGUCACCGAGUGGAAAGCGUCGCUGUUUCGACUUUGUUUCUCUUGACACUGCGGAUGAAAUU